AUGCUACCUGGCGAACGGAAGGAGGGCGGAAGCCCCCGCUUCGGGAAACUCCAUCUCCCAGUAGGCUUGUGGAUCAACUCCCCCAGGAAGCAGCUGGCCAAGCUGGGCCGGCGCUGGCCCAGCGCCGCCUCCGUCAAGUCUUCGUCUUCAGACACGGGGAGCCGCAGCAGCGAACCCUUGCCCCCGCCCCCGCCGCACGUGGAGCUGCGGCGAGUGGGCGCGGUCAAGGCCGCCGGGGGCGCCUCCGGCAGCCGCGCCAAGCGCAUCUCCCAGCUCUUCCGGGGCUCGGGGACCGGGAGCACGGGCGCCCCCUCGUGGCGGCCACAGAAGAACCGCUCGCGGGCGGCGUCAGGCGGGGCGGCGCUGGCCAGUCCAGGCCCAGGUUCGGGAUCAGGUCCUACGGCUGGACCUGGGGGCAAGGAGCGCUCGGAAAACCUGUCCCUGCGGCGCAGCGUAUCGGAGCUCAGUUUGCAAGGUCGCCGGCGGCGGCAGCAAGAGCGCAGGCAGCAGGCUCUUAGCAUGGCCCCAGGGGCAGCUGAUGCCCAAAUCGGACCCGCAGACCCAGGCGACUUCGACCAGCUGACCCAGUGCCUCAUUCAGGCUCCCAGCAACCGCCCCUACUUCCUGCUGCUCCAGGGCUACCAGGACGCCCAGGACUUCGUGGUGUACGUGAUGACGCGGGAGCAGCACGUGUUUGGCCGGGGUGGGAACUCGUCGGCCCGAGGCGGGUCCCCAGCGCCCUAUGUGGACACCUUCCUCACCGCCCCGGACAUCCUCCCGCGCCACUGCACCGUGCGCGCGGGCCCUGAGCCACCGGCCACGGUGCGCCCGUUCCGGGGCGCCCCGGUUACGCACAACGGGUGCCUCUUGCUGCGGGAGGCCGAGCUGCACCCGGGCGACCUGCUAGGGCUGGGCGAGCACUUCCUGUUCAUGUACAAGGACCCCCGGCCCGCCACGCUGCUGGCGCUGUGCGUGCAGCACUCGGCCCGCGAGCUCGAGCUGGGCCACCUACCGCGCCUGCUGGGCCGUCUGGCCCGUCUUAUCAAAGAGGCCGUCUGGGAAAAGAUUAAGGAAAUCGGAGACCGUCAGCCAGAGAACCACCCUGAGGGCGUCCCUGAGGUGCCCCUGACCCCUGAGGCUGUAUCCGUGGAGCUGCGGCCCCUCAUGUUGUGGAUGGCUAACACCACGGAGCUGCUAAGCUUCGUGCAGGAGAAGGUGCUGGAGAUGGAGAAAGAAGCUGACCAGGAGGACCCACAGCUCUGCAAUGACUUGGAAUUAUGUGAUGAGGCCAUGGCUCUCCUGGAUGAGGUCAUCAUGUGUACCUUCCAGCAGUCUGUCUACUACCUCACCAAGACUCUGUAUUCCACGUUGCCUGCUCUCCUGGACAGUAACCCCUUCACGGCUGGAGCAGAGCUACCAGGGCCUGGUGCCGAGCUGGGGGCCAUGCCCCCAGGGCUGAGACCUACCUUGGGCGUGUUCCAGGCAGCCCUAGAACUGACCAGCCAAUGCGAGCUGCACCCAGACCUCGUGUCUCAGACUUUCGGCUACUUGUUCUUCUUCUCCAACGCAUCCCUUCUCAACUCGCUGAUGGAACGAGGUCAAGGCCGACCUUUUUAUCAGUGGUCCCGAGCUGUCCAGAUCCGAACCAAUCUGGACCUUGUCCUGGACUGGCUACAGGGGGCUGGGCUCGGUGACAUCGCUACUGAAUUCUUCCGGAAACUCUCCAUGGCUGUGAACUUGCUCUGUGUACCCCGUACCUCCCUGCUCAAGGCUACAUGGAGCAGCCUACGAACAGACCAUCCCACCCUGACCCCCGCUCAGCUCCAUCACCUGCUUAGCCACUACCAGCUGGGCCCUGGACGUGGGCCACCAUCUGCUUGGGACCCUCCUUCUGCAGAGAGAGAUGCUGUGGACACAGGGGACAUCUUUGAAAGCUUCUCCUCCCACCCUCCCCUCAUCCUGCCCCUGGGUAGCUCGCGCCUGCGUCUCACGGGUCCCGUGACAGACGACGCCUUGCACCGUGAACUGCGCAGGCUCCGACGCCUCCUCUGGGACCUCGAGCAGCAGGAGCUGCCGGCCAAUUACCGCCACGGACCUCCCGUGAUCACGCCUCCUUGA